UGCUGGCUGCCAAAAAUCCUCCCCUUCACACCCUCAGCCAUGCCCGCUACUACCAAAUCCGCCAGGAGACAGACACCUGCUCAGAGGAAGAGCGUCCAGAAAGUGAUAAGCACCAAGAGGCAGACCUGCAACUCCAAUAAACCCAGAGGAAGAGCCACAGAGAGGCCCCAGAAAACACCUGCGGACAAAAGGUCAACAGCCAAGGCGCAGGCGCAGUCAGGCCGAAGCCCCCGUGGAAGAGGGGGUCAGGGUCCUGGCACAGUUAACCAUGGCCUGACUGUAACAGGAUCUGCAAGGCUUAAGCAGACGAGCAAUCUGCCUGACCGCUGUGGUGAAUUACAAGACCCCCUAGGGCGAAGGAAGUCCCUGCGGGGCACAGGGGUUACUGUUACUCCCUGCCAGCUUCCCAAACCUUGCAGAGGAGGGAGGGGGAGAGCAGGGAGAGGGGCAGCGUCACAGAAAAUAAACACAAGAAAACCGCCGCCGCCGAGCACCGGUGUCGACGAUUCGACUCCCGACGAGGAGGAUGAGAAACUGGACGCCUGUGAUGCCGAAGAAAUCCCUCCAGUUUCCCUGAAAACUGAUUUUGAAGUUCCCGUGAGCAUCGAAGAUCGGGGUCUAGGAGUCACCAACGCUAAACAGGGCAGCCCGCUUAAAGCAGAUUCACCGCCGUGCAACGACACACUGGAAGACUGUGUGCAGGGCAGCUGUGACGGCGCUAUAACCCAACGAGACGAGAAGACUGUCCGCCACAACAGCGAAGACGAGCCGGUGCGUGUGAUCGGGGCCUCGGUGUGCGAUGAUGUUGAUGGACAGCUGAAACUCUGCUGUGACAGAAGUGAAGACCCCUCCGAGGGCUCAGCAGGUGUGCAGGGUGGGAGCGAGGGAAACGACAGUUCAUCUGUCUUUGGAAAUAAGCUUGAUGAGCUCACCAGUAGUGGUGAGGAAGAUGACGUGCGUGCUGUCCGACAAGAGGAAGGUAACGCGUUGGACUCGAAAGAAAACAGGGCAGAUGAAAGAGCGAUAGUUGUCGCUGAGAUAAAAGAGGAGAUAGACGAUGAGAGAGGAGAGAGUUUGGAGGCAGAGAAAGCAGUUGAAGAGGAGAUGGAGGAGACUGCUGAGCAAGAAGAGGGAGGAAGAAUUGAAAAGGAGAAUGAUGCGUCCAUCAACCCUGCUGACUCCCACCGCAGCCCUCCAGCCCCUCCACCUCCAGAUGGACUGACAGCACAGUCAGACUCACCUGUAAGUGGGUCACCUGUCUCGGCAGCUACCUCAAAUCCCACCAAAGCCCCCUCCACCUCAGAGUCACGUGAGCUCGAGGUCCUGAGCCAGGGUAAGACAGACAUGCAACCUACUAUUCAUGGUGCUAAACCUCAACUCCCAGGGUGCUCGGCUGUUGCUGAAACUGCCCCGACGUUGCAUACUGUUCUAGUGAAAAGAAAUAGACCUGUUAUUAUCCGUAGUGACUCCCUUAAACAUAGGAUCUUGAGGGAUUCGAGCCAGGGGGAACCCCGCCACCUGCUGAGCCCAGAGAUCCCCUCUCCUCAGGGAGAAAGACACGCUUGCACACCAGCAGAGACUCAGACCAAAGAUAGUGAAUCCAAUCAAGAGCCAUUGGCGCGCUGCAGCCAGAGAGAGACUUCUUCGCUGUCAUUGUCGGUAAGUCCUCAGUUGAGCGUAGAUGUCGUUACAGCUGAGAGCGAAACAAACCUCAGUGAGGCCAGUGUUGUGGUCGCAGUGCCAGAGCCGGACUCAGUGCCAAAGAUCUUGACUCCAUCUCUGGACAGCAGCUCCACCUUCUCCUGUAGCUCAGAAAGCACUCGCUCCUCUUUUUCUUUUGACACUGAAUCCGAGGCAGGAUACGGAGAGGCCAGCCCCUCUAUUCUACCUGGAUCCUGGGGGCCGGAGGCGGCCUUCUUGACCUCCUGGACCGCUCGGAAACAACAGAAGAAAGAGAGGAAGAAGCGUAGCAGGUGUGGGACGUGCGAGCCGUGCCUGAGGAAGAUCAGCUGUGGCCAGUGCAGUUGCUGCCUCAACCGCAGGACUGGCCACCAGAUCUGUAAGCUGAGGAAGUGUGUGGAGCUGAGGAGAAGAGCUUCGUCUCCCCUCGCUGUCUCUGCUGCACAGGUGGUUCCAGAAAGUGGGUCGGUAAAUGGCAAAGGCAAGGCACAGAUGGAUGACACCCGCACGGCAGCAGAGGAGGAUGAGGGGGAGGAAGGCCACAUACCUCAUACACAAUCCCCCCCCAUCAACAACUUGCUCACCCACAACCUGGCCUCAGACCAAGCCGGAAGGCCAGCACUUGUUAAAAGAGAGCCCGGGCUGGAGCUGACCAGCAUUGCACUUCACCAACAUGUAUGCUCUUCUGGGACUUUUCAGAAUGGUUCUGCUGAGAACCUGACAAAACCUAAUGGUGCUAAUAUGACCACUGGGUCACACUCUGAUCUGAAGUCUGCAUAUAAAAGGACUACGAUUGCAUCAGAGCCUCAAAGGACUAUAAUAGCUGCAAUCCCUGAGGACUGCUCUCUGAAUGGGCCCAAGACUCCUCCAGAUGACAUGUCAGUUCCGCUAAAGAAGAUCAAACUGGAGGAGCCAUGGAUGUGGAUAACUGAACAAGCCACCACACAGCUGAGUGAUGAAGAUGAGGUCUGCGAAGACCCACUGUCCACGCUGGCGGCCGUGGUAUGUCUUUCUGUCACAGAGAGGAAAGGACUGGAGGAGAAACUUUUCAGCUCACGUUCUUCCAUUCUUUGUUCCAUCAAAACAGAACCACCAGAUUUACUCUUCGUCAAGAAAGAGCCUGAAGACUUGAAGAAUGACUUGUGUCAGAAAAGCACUCCUGUUAGCCUGCAAAGGACUCCCCAGUCUAUCAAAAGUGAAACUCCUCCAAGUGUCUUGCUACCAAGCGUGCAGUCUUUGGCAGAGAAGAGAAAUCUCAGUUUUGAUCAGGCUAUUGCUAUUGAGGCUUUGACUCAACUGGCAGCUAUACCUCAAAACACCACAGGGUCCAUUAAAGCUGAAAGUAGGUGUGAACAUCCCAUUUCUACUGCUGCCCCAUUUUCAACCUCCAAUACAAAUACAACCCUGCAAGAAGCCAAACCCACAGCAAGUAUUCCCUACAACAAAGUCUCGGUCAUCAGCUCACCACUACACCAGACGUCAGUCAUACGCCCUCCUGUGGCCAGACAAGGGAAUGUCAUCCAGUGUUCCCAGGGGUCGAGCUACAACACAAAGCUGUCUCUGCAGGACCUCUUAGAGGCCAGUUCAGAUCGUGAUAAAGCACCCUGCAGGAGGGCAGAGAAGGGCUUUGGUUCUCAUGUCACCAAGUCAGAAUGCAGCUAUCAAAAUCCCAGUGACAUGAAGUUCAGUAAAGAUCACGAGCAGUUGUUUGGGGAAGACAAAGACAUGGUUGUCGGUAAAGCGAGGAGAAACAGAGAUGAGGAGGAGGUGGCAGCUCAGCUGGCAGACCUGGCCUUCAUCAUCCAGUCCAGACACAACCAGCAGUCAGAGAACAACCCUCCAAAAGGAACACCUGUGUCAGCCAUCAUGUACAACUACAACUCCCAGCUACCCCCCAGUCAGAAAAAGCCCCUCAUAAAAAAAGCAAAAGCUACACCUUCCAAGCCCAGGAAGAAGAAGAGUGAUGGACCUGAGGGAAUCAACUGCAGGACCCCCCUCUCAAAACGUUUGCCAAAUGGAGAGACACACCACAGGAGCAGAGGCAAGAAGUCUCUCCCACAAGGGAAAUCAGGCUUUCACCACAAGAGGAACCUGUUUCUGCCUCAGGCUCAAAUUGACCUGAAGAGAUACUUGGCUGAGGCUCAGGAGGAAAGGAGGCAACUCAUUCAUCACAGUAAUGCACAGAAUACAGCCCUCUUAGGGCCGCAGACUCAGAAUUAUAGCACUCUCACAAGGAUCAACCACAUUCGGGGUCAAGAAAACCAGCUAUGGUCUCUUUCAAAUGGUCCACUCCACCAACACAAUCCAUGCAAUGGACAUGCUGCAGGACCAGGGCAGGAGUGUGAAAGGCAUUUGAUAUCUCAGGUAGCACAGCCCUGUGGUGGGCUGCAGCACAGUGCUGAUCCUAACGCCAGCCCAGCCAAUACCGCUUUCCUCAGCCACACCACUGGGCACUAUGGUCUAGCUAAUGGCUUCUCAGGAGCUCGGCAGUCCCCUCCUCCAAGCCAGCAGGGCUACUACAAGCUGGAGAGGUCAGGACCUGUCACUGUCCUGUCCACGGCUACUGAUGGGGAUCUGGGCCACUCUGCAGAGUCAACUCCAUCCAAGAACAGCAUCAACAGCUUUCUGGAGUCUCCUAUAAGUUUUCUGGAUACCCCUACCAAGAACUUGCUCAAUACUCCUUCCAAAAAACUGGCUGAUCUUCCAUCCUGUCAAUGCAUGGACCAAAUCAUUGAAAAGGAGGAAGGUCCUUACUAUACUCACCUUGGGGCAGGACCUAGUGUUGCUGCAGUGAGAGAGUUAAUGGAGAACAGGUAUGGUACCAAAGGAAAUGCAGUAAGAGUGGAAGUUGUUGUUUACACUGGGAAGGAAGGAAAGAGCUCCCAAGGGUGUCCAAUAGCUAAAUGGGUGAUUCGGCGUGACAGUGAAGAGGAGAAGCUGCUGUGUUUGGUCCGCCAGAGACCAGGGCACUACUGUGACGCUGCCGUAUUGGUGAUUCUUAUUCUGGCAUGGGAGGGAAUCCCUCGGCCUGUGGCGGAUAAUCUCUACCAGGAACUCACGCAGUCCCUCUUUAAAUACGGCUCCCCCACCAGCCGUCGCUGUGCCCUCAAUGAAGAUCGUACGUGUGCAUGCCAAGGCUUGGACCCGGACACCUGCGGAGCUUCAUUUUCCUUUGGCUGCUCCUGGAGUAUGUACUUCAAUGGCUGUAAGUUUGCCCGCAGCAAAGUGCCCCGCAAGUUUCGCCUGCUUGGAGACUACCGGGAGGAGGAGGAGAAGAUCGAGAGCAACCUUCAGAACCUCGCCACUGACCUUGCACCACUCUAUAAAAGACUGGCUCCUGAGGCCUUCCAAAACCAGGUGGAAAAUGAGGAGGCAGGGAGUAACUGCCGGCUGGGCAGGAGGGAGGGACGUCCUUUUUCUGGGGUCACAGCCUGUGUGGAUUUCUGUGCCCAUGCUCACAAGGAUACUCACAACAUGAAUAAUGGCAGCACUGUGGUUUGCACUUUAACCAAGGAAGAUAACCGUGCAGUGCGCAACAUACCAGAGGAUGAGCAGCUCCAUGUUCUGCCACUUUACAGGAUCUCUGACAGGGAUGAGUUUGGUCAGGUUGAGGGCCAGUGGGCCAAGAUCCGAAGUGGUGCUCUGCAAGUUCUGUCCUCCUUUCCCCGAGAGGUGCGUCUACUGGCUGAGCCAGUAAAAUCCGCCCGUAAGAUAAGGCAAGAGGCUCGUCUGAAGGCUCAAGCAGAGAAACAGGAAAAGAAGCUCGGGCUGACUCUCACUCCUGGGAAAGUAAAAAGUGAAACCCCCAACAAAGAGCCUCAGGGCUACUACAGCUCACAGAGACUACCACCCAGGCCAGCCAGCGUUGGAAAGUACCUACCGGACAGGAAUCAACCCAGCACUUACAGCCAGAGCACCAGCAGCUACCCCACUCUGGGUGCAGGGGUCACCCCACAAAAGGAGGUCAUCUCCCCCAACCAUCAUGGCCUGCCUGGCCUCCACUUUGGACAGAAUGGCUCAGCUCUUAAUUAUAAGACAAUGAGUGACGCCAUGAAUGGUUAUUCUCCAGCAUCUGGUGACCAGAGUGUUACUUCAGAACGUAUACCUCCACAUAAUGCUCUUAGUGACUACCCCCCUGCUUUUAAAACUGAGCCCAACGAGGUGCACUGCUCUCCCCUGCGCAGACCCUCCCCCAGUGGGAGUGCUCCUCCUCCCUCCUCCUUCUCCCCCAGACCUACCUCUGAGGGCCUCUUCAGCAGGCUCAAUGGACUCCACAGGGCUGCAGGAGAUGUCAUGGCAGAGGUCAGGGGUCAUGGCCUCCCUCCACUCUCAUCUCUCCACCUCCCCCCACAAACUCCCCCAUUUGAACCAGAGGAAGUUAAGCAGGAAGAGGUGUGGUCAGACAGCGAGCACAACUUCCUGGACCACAAUAUAGGCGGAGUCGCAGUGGCACCGUCACACGGCUCCAUCCUGAUCGAGUGUGCACGGCGGGAGCUCCACGCCACCACCCCUAUCCUCAGGCCAAACCGAAGCCACCCCACCCGCAUCUCCUUGGUCUUCUACCAGCACAAGUCUCUAAAUGAACCAGGUCACGGGAUGGCUAUGUGGGACGCCAAAAUGGCCAAGCGAGAACGGGAACGGGAGGAGGAGGCGGAGAGAUUAAGGAUGGAGGACAGCCUGAACAACUGCAUGGGGUUGAACGGCAAAGGAGCAGGAGGUGUGGAGCGAGAGGAGGGAGCAGGGGAGGAGGAAGAGGAGGCAAGGAGGAUCAUGAAUGUUCCCACACGUCAUGCAUGGACUCUCCCGAGGGAUGGUGUCGUCACCGUGUCCCCUUAUGCUCUUACCCAAGUGACGGGUCCCUACAAUCGCUGGACAUAGUCAACAUGUUUUACACACACACACAC